AUGGAGAUCGAUCAGGGCGAAGGUGGAAGUGGAGGGAGUCCAAUCGACGAGACGCAAGAUGAAUACGAAUACGAUGAUAUACCAUACGAAUAUGACGAAGAACUCGAACAAGCCUUACAAGCUGCUGAGUCUCAAUCAAAGCCUACCAUCAAUCAUGGAAUAACGAAUGGUAUCGUACAUGACAUCGAAGAUCUACCGCUCGACACAGAAGCAAUACAGGUGAUGAGUCCUUUCCAGCAAUUUAGGAAGAAAGGUUAUUUGAGUGUAUCGGAUUUGGUGGGACCAGUAUGGUGUGAGACUCAGUACGACUAUCAUCUAAGGACAUUACCAUACCUUCCACCAUCACAACGACCAGAUAUAAUCAAGUCGAAAGAAGGGAAUGAGAUCGUAGUUGAUAAAGUCAAAGUGGAAGGUAAAGAGAAGAUACUAAAACGGGGAGAGAAAAUACAUAAACGGCUGGAAAGGGAGAUACACCCCGAAGAGAUCAGAGUGCCGAUCGCCACUGAUGAGGAUAUAUGGGGAUUAAGAUUCUUGAACAUGCUUGCUGCGAUGGAAGCUCUCUUGGUCCUGGGCAAAUGCCGUGAAUUACCUGUUGUAGGGUUUGUCAAAGGAGUUCUGGUAUAUGGUGUCAUAGAUGAGAUCAUUCGCGAACCUAUCCCUCCCACCUCAACCUCAAAUUUAUCUUCAGACACUCCAUCCAAUCAAACUUCUCUUAAAACAUUUUUCACUUCUUCCCGGCCAGCACUGCCCAAGAUCGAACUCAGAACACAUCGUUUAUACAUAUCAGACUCCAAAACACGAGCUUCCAACGUAUUACCCAAAGAAGAAGAUGCCCUAUCAGGUAGAUUACAAGUAAUGCUUUACAAAGAACUGCUAGAUGCUAUACUACUUUCUUCGUCCAAUCGCACUUCCACUGCAUCUUUAACUCAAAAUGGGAAUGGUGAAUCUAGUCUUAGUAGUAAAUCAAUCUUACCGAGUCGGAAUCCUUUCUCAUGGGACUAUAUCUUUGCUCAUCUCGAUCUGGACCCUACGACACGAUUCUCAGAAGGGUUUCUGGAACAGAGUAAAUCGGUCGUAGUGGGAAAUGGACUGAGAUAUGGAAGUGAUAGAGCUGAGAACCUAAAUGAUCUGAAACUGGUUUGGAAUCAGUAUGUAUCAGAAUUGGGUCUGGGGUCGGGUAUGACCACUACGCAUAGGACGAAGAAUGUGGGCAAAGGGAAAGAGAAAGAAAAGGAAGAAGAGAAGAAUUUAGGGAGGACGGAAGACUUACUCAAACUUGUUUACAGGCGUGCGGGUGGUAAGAAAAAGCACAAGAACGGAGAUCGGAGGAGAGGUAAAAGGCGUAGAAGAGGUACUAGGCUCCACGACCAGGCAGAAGGAGAACCACCACCAUCGUACCUACUCCCCAUCGAGAACGGCGAAAAGGUCGAAGCCGAGGAGAGAAGAUUGAUUGAACUGGCCAUCAAAGAAUCCCUCAAAAGCUCUACUGCAGAUCCCAUCCAAACACUAUUUGAUGAUGAAGUAGUCGAUAUGAUUCAAUCAGACGGAACAGCAGAAAAUAAGAACCUGAACAUAUCCAGACCACCCACACGGACUAGCGAAGAGAUUUGUUCCGGAAGCGAUAACGACGAGCAAGAGCAAGAUUCGAAAGAGGAGGAUGAACUAGCUUGGGCUGUAGAAAUGAGUUUGGUUAACCCUGAUCUGGACACAGACAUUGGGGGAGGUCAGGGAGUAGUAAAUUUGUUGAAAACGCCCGUGUCUUCUCAGCAAAGUACUUCGAAUAACAGUACGAUUCACUCACCAUCUGCUUCCAAAGGGAGAUAUGACGACCAAGAACAAGACCAAGGCGACAAUGAAGCUCUUCCAUCGGGUACUAUAAUAGGUACUCAUAAGUUCAAUCAUUCUCCAUUAUUGUUGGCGAAACAUCUAGAAAAUGUAUUACAAUUCUGGAUGGGCGAGAGAGAACCCAACGGAGUGACGCUGGAACAGACUAGGAGAUGUGGAUGGUGUGAGUUCGAGGAAGGAUGUGAAUGGAGGUUGAAGAAGGCUAAAGAAAUUUGGGAAUCACGUAAACUGACCUGA